UUUUUUUUUUUUUGUGAAGAUGUAGUUCAUCAAAGUUUGCAUUCUUUUCAGUCAGCAUUAUGUAAAUUCUAGAGGAAGUUCUCUAUAUUUAACCCUGCACUCAUCCUCCCAAAGUCCACAGUUGAAGUGAAGUGAUCAUGGAACUAGUAAACAUUUAUGAAAGUGACAACCAUGAGACUUGCAGCCAGUACAAUAAGAUUGGACUGAACAGAGAUGGAGCUACUUAUGCAAACAAGGACCGAAAACUCAGCUACACUGAAGAAAGAGCUCGAAACCAAAGAGGUUUGUCCAUAGGAAAUAAGUGUGUUGUGUUGAGCACCGUUUGUUUUAGCCUCAUCUGCAUUUUCCUGGUGGCUGCCAUUGUAGUUUUGCAUAUAAAGCUCAUGGCAGAGAAUGAAGUACAAACAACACACAUGUUACAGUCGAGUUCAAGAGAUCAAAAAGAGAAAGACCUGUUACAGAACAGCUUCAACUCUUUGAGUCGGAAGAAACUGGAACUAGAGACCAGAGUCAAAGAUCUCACUGCUGAGAAAAUACAGUUACAGAGCAACUCCAGCUCUUUGAGUCAGAAGAAACUGGAGCUGGAGACCAGAGUCAAAGAUCUCACUGCUGAGAAAGACCAGUUACAGAGCAACUCCAGCUCUUUGAGUCAGAAGAAACUGGAGCUGGAGACCAGAGUCAAAGAUCUCACUGCUGAGAAAACACAGUUACAGAGCAACUCCAGAUCUUUGAGUCAGAAGAAACUGGAGCUGGAGACCAGAGUCAAAGAUCUCACUGCUGAGAAAACACAGUUACAGAGCAACUCCAGCUCUUUGAGUCAGAAGAAACUGGAGCUGGAGACCAGAGUCAACAAUCUCACUGCUGAGAAAACACAGUUACAGAGUGAUUUUGUCUCUCUGAAUGAGAAGAAACUGGAGUUAGAACGCAGAGUCACGUCUCUGAGUGAGGAACUGAAGAAAGAAGCAUCUAAAAGAGGUUGGUUUUUCAUGUCCACUGAGAAAAAGAGCUGGUCUGAGAGCAGACAGUACUGCAGGGAUCGUGGAGCUGAUCUGAUCAUUAUCAAGAGUGAAGAGAAGCAGGUGAGUUUGUGUAAGUGUCUGUUAAUGAAUGAGAACAAUCACACUUAUUCUAUGUUAUUCCUAUUCACACAGAGACACAUAUCUUCAUUGGUCAAGGAGAGAGUGUGGAUUGGAUUGUCUGACAUUGAGAACGAGGGGAUCAUGAAAUGGGUGGAUUAUUCACCACUGAAUCAAGGGUUUUGGCUCAAAGGUGAACCGAAUGACCAAGGUGGAACUGAGGACUGUAUUGAACUGAUGCCUUCAAAUCCGGUCCUGAACAACUGGAAUGAUCUGCCAUGCUCAGAGAAGAAAGAAUUUAUUUGUGAGAAAUAGGGUUAAUCCCAUCUUGUUGUGGUUUUGCUUUAAAUAAUAUAGUCAUUCUUAUUGCGAAUUCAUAAUUUCUUAUUGAGGUCCCUGUCUUUAAAAAACUGUCAGUUUAUGUGAUUUUUUUAAGAAGGAAAAUACAAAAUUGAUAUUAUUUUCUUAAUGCUUUAAUAGUCUUCUGUUCCUCAUGGUGUGUAUCAGGGUGAUCUGAGACUCCAAACCUCUGAUUGUGUUCAUGCUUUGCUCUGUCACAAGCAGCUCUAUAUUAAUAUGAUAUUAUCUUAGCUGUUAUAAUGAAUCUCGUUUGCUCUGAAGUGUUGAGGAGAGUCAAUCACAGUAAAAGUCUAAAGUGUAUUGAGUGUAUACUGAGUGUCUGUAAAACUGCUUUUGAGUUUAAUUGCUUGCUGUUUGAAUAAAAUGUUCAGUUAU